GAUGUAAGAGGUGGCGGUAGCCAAACCUCACAUCAACUUGACGACUGGAAUGCAGCUUGACUGGUUUUACAACAUACUCGAUCGCUGCAUUGUUUUCAAGGUCUCCGAAGAUGCCGAUCAAUAACCAGUUCCGUCAUUCUUUCAGUUCUCUCUUUAGUCGGCGUCGCUUAAGCGAGCACACGGGGAGUGGAGGAGGAUCGUGAAGAAACCGCAGCGCAGAGGAAGGAAAAUCACCGACGACGGGUCGAGGGACGUAAAAAAUGAAUCUUCCGUCGUAUUUCAUCGCCCUUCAAUUGUUUGCGACGCUGAUACUCCCCUCUGAAAGUGCGACGAUCAGCAACGGGCUACGAGAGGUUAUCAAAGGCGGAUGUGAUGCAACAACGCACUACUUGUCAAGACGUGGCAUCUGUUGUGAGCUCUGCCAAGCAGGUAGCAGGAAGGUGAUGGAUUGCGAAUCCGACACGAGCGGCACGUUUUGUACGAGUUGCGAGCCGGGAGAAGACUUCACGGACGAACCGAACAGCUCCAACGAGUGCAAGAAGUGCACCGUUUGCAACGUGAAUUCCGAGGACACUGAGAGGCCAUGCACCACCAGGCAGGACACUCGCUGUCGCUGUAAAGACGGCUUCCAGAGGGCUGCCCCAUCGGACCCCUGCACGGAAGUGAAGCCAGCCCCAGACGUUGUUGGAGCUAUCGCCGGUGCUUUUAUUGGUGGUGUCGUGCUCCUCAUUCUACUUGUGGUGACGCUGGGCCUCCUUCACCACAGAAUCCACCAUGGACACUUCCCCUGGGAUGCUGGCACAUAUCUUUGAAUAUGGAUGAAGAGCAUGUGAAUGUAAGGCAUUGCACCUCACCAAGUCUGUGACCUGACCAAAACACUCUCAUGUUAUUGGUGUCACUGCUGCAUGAGAACCUCAGCAGACCGCGUGAGUCACGAGGGUUAUUUGCCCGUCCUGUAUCGCGAUGGUCAGCGUAAGUAAGUGAAGCAUUAGGCGUGGCAGCACUCGUCAUUAUAAUCUGCAGCAACCGGUCCGUGUUGACUCUCUAACGAGGUCCCUCAGAUCUUCGGAUCGCCUUCUCUCUAGGCACUCCGUGGUGAAGGCUCUGAUUCUGGAGUGAAUCAGGCCUAGUGAGUGGGUGAGUGUGUGGUUGAGUGGGUGAGUGAGUCAGUAUGUGAGCGAGUGAGU